GUUGUGGUAGAUGUACACGUUAAUAAAACAGAAGCUAAUAGGUAGAACAAUUAAUUUCAUUGUUAGUUUCCGGUUGGAACUGUAUCCCUUCUAGCAACACGUGUUUAGCCUUAUUUCAAGCAGUGCUCCGGAACACUGUUUCAAAGCAAUAGUGUGUCAAAUUACCCAUCCUUAAAUUGCUGCAUAUGUAAUAAUAUUGUGUGACCACUGACCACAAAGCGGAAUGCGAUGAAAAUGAGUUCUGGCAAUUCGUGGCAUUUGUGUGUUUUGGUCCUGUUUGGUGUGUCCGGUGCGGAUGGAAUCACAAUGUCAGUGAUGGAGGGAGGUUCAGUCACCCUACCCACUAAUGAUACAACAAACCCACAAAAAAUUAUAAAAUGGUAUUUUGGAAUCACUCGCAUCGCUCAAAUCGACAGCGAUUUUAUCUGUACAGAUGUAGAGUGUAAUAAAGGUGCUGAGAGAUUCAAAGACAGAUUGAAGCUGGAUGAACACACUGGAUCUCUGACCAUCAUAACAAUCAACACCACAGACACUGGACUGUAUUAUCUUGAGAUCAUCAGCAGUGGCAGCCACAGUGACAAGACCUUUAAUGUUACUGUCAAUAGUGUUUCUGCUCCUAAAGAUGAAGCGAAAAUGAAGAGAAACCCAGUGAAGGAGGGAGAAUCUGGUCUGUCUACAGUUGCUGUAGCAGGAAUAUGUGCUGCCACUGCUGUUUUUGUUCUGCUGUUGAUUGCUAGUGUGUUUUGCUAUCACAAGCAUCGUCAAGCAAGACGAAAUGUUGAGUUGCAGGAACAGGACCCAGGACGCAGAACAUUAAUCAGAAUAGUGUCACUGCCAGGGAGGGAGACAGGGAGUGCAAAUCCAAUGGACCCUACACUGUUUCAUUUGUAAAACGGUGCUUUUAAACAUCUUGUGCACAUAAUUGUGUUUACACAUUUGCUGUUACCUAGUUUACAUGAGUAAUACAGAUACAUCAUUGCAGAUACCUCAUGUAGUAUGCAAACUGCAAUAUAUCUUGAAGAUUCCCAAGUAGUGUGAAAGGAACAGUGAUCUGACAACUGAAAUUGUGUAGUGCAUGUGGCAUUAUUUUUUACUGUAUAUUUUAUACUGUAUGUUUGUAUAUACAAAAUAAGUGUAUAAGGUUUUUUUUUUUUCUAACACAAUCUAAAGAGUUUGCUUUUUUAUAUAUGUAACCUAUUUAUUAAUUCCAAAUGAGCUUUAUUUUCAGUUAAAGAUGAGUGAGGGUGACUAAAAAAUACUUAUGUGCACUGGUGAGUGCAAAUCUAUUAGCCAAUGGCAGACAUUUUUUUUUUUACUGUAUAUUUUAUACUAUUACACAAAUAUUGUGAUAUAACUGUU